AUGCUUUAUUUUUAUAUUACAAGUGAUGCGGAAACGGUCGAACUGGAAUCGUCAUCUUCCUCAGUAACUGAUGGUUGGGAGGAAGAUUCGAUGGAAGCAUAUGUUACGCCACUUGAUAAUGACUUAAUCACCGACGUAUUCAUUUUUUAUAAAGAAACCUUUGAAGCGCUGAAAAGAGACGACGAGCGACUUUUCCACUCGAUGACACUGUCUGAUCCGGAAAAACAUGCGAUUCAAGAAUCAAUGUUAAGGAUAUGUGAACAGCGUAUGAGCCUGGCGAAAAGUAAGCAGGUGGAACAGCAAGGUGGAUACGCUUUUGAUGUGAAUGCCACUGUACCCGACACAUUUAAUUUUUUGGCCAAACACUCUUGA